UGACGUACUGACCGCUCCCCCUGCCUCCCGGCUCCCGGGUUCUGUUGCGCUGGCGUGAGGAGUCCCCCGCUCGGAGUCCCAAGCACUUUCCCCGCGUUGGUCCUCCGCGUAGCCGGGAGUGUAGAGCCGGCGUUGCGAGGCCGCAGGACGCCGCAGGCAGGUAGCCUCCCCGGACCAAACGCUGCCCUCCCUCCCACUUCGCUGAGGCCGCUAGCAACCACCUCUGAAGUUGGAGAUGCGGUAACGGAGUCACUCCCCCCGCUGCCGCCUCCCGUUUCCAAGGGGCUCCGAAACCAGUUUGUUUUAUCGGGAUAGUGUGGAGCUGCCUCACAGGGCGUUGCCCGAGGCGGGACGUAGUCAAGCCCGAGGUGUCAGCCAAAGGGUGGUGUCAGCUGUGGGACUCUCCCAGUCCCCCCUUUCUGGGCUGUGAGCUGCUGCUGGGUAGAUCCCUUUCAGGAUGUCAUUUUCAAAAUGCGGGAUGAUACCUCUGCCUUAGUAGGUCCUUUGAGAAGACUGCUACACCUAGACUAAUGCUUAUCGAUCAUCACCGUUAUUCCUACUAAAGCCCUGUGUCAUUGAGGCCUGUUUUUUAUUCUCGAAUGUAAAAUUUGUCUCCAGAAGCAGAAUUUUUUAUUGCCUUGCACAUCUGUAAGAAUGCCUUAGAAUAAGAACCAUGGAGAAGUAUGUCAGAGUACAAAAGAUUGGAGAAGGUUCCUUUGGAAAAGCCAUUCUUGUUAAAUCUAAAGAAGAUGGUAGACAAUACGUUAUCAAAGAAAUUAACAUCUCAAGAAUGUCCAGUAAAGAAAGGGAAGAAUCAAGGAGAGAAGUUGCAGUGUUGGCAAACAUGAAGCAUCCAAAUGUUGUUCAGUAUAGAGAAUCAUUUGAAGAGAAUGGCUCUCUCUACAUAGUAAUGGAUUACUGUGAAGGAGGGGAUCUGUUUAAACGAAUAAAUGCACAGAAAGGCAUUUUGUUUCAAGAGGAUCAAAUUUUGGACUGGUUUGUACAGAUAUGUUUGGCCCUGAAACAUGUACACGAUAGAAAAAUUCUUCAUCGAGACAUAAAAUCACAGAACAUAUUUCUAACCAAAGAUGGGACAGUACAACUUGGCGAUUUUGGAAUUGCUAGAGUUCUUAAUAGCACUGUUGAGCUGGCUCGCACUUGCAUAGGGACUCCAUACUACCUGUCACCUGAAAUCUGUGAAAAUAAACCUUAUAAUAAUAAAAGUGACAUUUGGGCUUUGGGGUGUGUCCUUUAUGAGAUGUGUACACUUAAACAUGCAUUUGAAGCUGGCAAUAUGAAAAACCUGGUACUGAAGAUAAUAUCUGGAUCUUUUCCACCUGUAUCUUUGAAUUACUCUUAUGAUCUCCGCAAUUUGCUGUCUCAGUUAUUUAAAAGAAAUCCUAGGGAUAGACCAUCAGUCAACUCCAUAUUGGAGAAAGGUUUUAUAGCCAAGCGCAUUGAAAAGUUUCUCUCACCUCAGCUUAUCGCAGAGGAAUUUUGUCUAAAAACAUUUCAAAAGCUUGGAGCACAGCCUGUACCAGCCAAAAGACCAGCUUCAGGAAAAAGCUUAGCUUCUGUUGUACCUGCUCAGAAAAUUACAAAGCCUGCUGCCAAGUAUGGAGUACCUUUAACAUCUAAGAAAUAUGGAGAUGUACCUAAAAAAUUAUAUGAAAAGAAACCACUUCAAAAAUAUAAACAGGCCCAUCAAACUGCAGUGAAGAAGGUGAAUCCUGGAAAAGAAAGGAGGAAAAUGUUUGAGGAAGCAGCAAGAAAGAGAAAGUUGGAAUUUACUGAAAAAGAAAAGAAACAAAAGGAUCAGAUUAGUUUAAUGAAGGCUGAACAGAUGAAAAGGCAAGAAAAGGAAAGGUUGGAGAGGAUAAAUAGGGCCAGGGAACAAGGAUGGAGAGAUGUGCUGAGCGCUGGUGGAGGUGGCGAAGUGAAGGCUCCCUUUUUUGUCAGUGGAGGGGCAGUGGCUCCAUCUUUUUCUCCUCGUGGGCAGUAUGAACAUUACCAUGCUAUCUUUGAUCAAAUGCAGCAGCAAAGAGCAGAGGAUAACGCAUCUAAGUGGAAAGAAGAAAAACAUGGCCGAGGGCUUCAGGAAAGAGGAAUUUCACCUGGAGUACGUCCAGGAUUUCCUAACGGGGCUGCAGGUCAUCACCGUUCCCCUGAUGCUGAUGCUAUUAGAAAAACUUUGAAAAGAUUGAAGGCCAUGUCUAAACAAGCCAGUGCAAGCAGGCAAAAAGGACAAUUAUCUGUGGAAAGAGCUAAACAAGUAGAAGAAUUUCUGCAGCGAAAAUGGGAAGCUAUGCAGAAUAAAGCUCGAGCCGAAGGACAUAUGGGACUCCUGCAAAACCUGGCAGCUAUGUAUGGAGGCAGGUCCAGCUCUUCGAGAGGAGGGAAGCCGAGAGACAAUGAGGAAGAGGUUUAUCUAGCAAGGCUAAAACAAAUAAGACUACAGAAUUUCAAUGAGCGCCAACAGAUCAGAGCCAAACUUCGUGGUGAAAAGAAAGAAGCUGAUAACUUCGAAGGACAAAAAGGAAGCGAAGAGGCUGACAUGAGGCGCAAAAAGAUUGAAGCACUUAAGUCCCAAGCAAAUGCACGUGCAGCUGUACUAAAAGAACAACUGGAGCGGAAGAGAAAGGAAGCGUAUGAGAGAGAAAAGAAAGUGUGGGAAGAGCAUUUGGUGGCUAAAGGAGUAAGGAAUUCUGAUGUGUCUCCGCCUUUGGGACAGCGUGAAUCAGGUGGCUCUCCAUCAAAGCAGCAGAUAAGACCUGUUAUUUCUAUGACUUCAGCCUUGAAAGAAGUGGGUAUGGACAGCUUAGCUGAUGAUACCCGGGGUACCUCAGAAGAAAUGCAAAAGACCAACAAUGCUAUUUCAAGUAAACGAGAAAUACUACGUCGAUUGAAUCAAAAUCUUAAAGCUCAGGAGGAUGAAAAAGGACAGCAGCAUUGCUCCGACGCUGAAGAUGCCAAAGAGAACGAAGAAAAGCCAGUUUCAUCUGAUCGUAAGAAGUGGGGCGCAGGUGGUCAACUUGUGAUUCCUCUGGAUGAGUUAACGCUGGAUGCAUCCUUCUCUGCGGCUGAAAAACACACAGUGGGAGAGGUUAUUAAAUUAGAUCCUGGUGAAUCUCCAAGAAGACUCUGGGGAAAAAGUCCUGUUGAUUCUGUUCUGAAGAUACUUGGAGAAGCUGAACUACAACUUCAGACAGAACUAUUGGAAAACACGACUAUUAGAAGUGAGAUUUCUCCUGAAGGGGAAAAAUACAAACCCUUAAUUGCUGGAGAAGAAAAAGUACAAUGUAUUUCUCUUGAAAUACACCCCUCAGCUACUGUUGAUUCUCCUCCUAUUGAGAUAAAAAGUCCACAGGUUAGGGAGUCAUCUCCACAGAUGUUACUGAUACCAGAAGGAAAUUUGGAUGAACCUGAUGAUUUGGAAACAGAAGUUCUACACGAGCUAACUGGAUUAAAAAAAGAUGGUAGCUUGCCCUGUCCUGUUACUGAUGUGUGGGCUGAGGAAAAGGAAGCAAAGGAGACUGAGUUGGAAGAUAGGAUCACCAUUCAGCAAAAUGAGGUUUCUGAAGAUGAAAUCCUGAGGAAUGCGGACCAACUUAGUGCAGUUCAGAUAGAGCCUGAAAUCGAUGAUUCGUCGCACUUCAAAUGUGAUGUAGAUAAACCUAUGCCACCAGAACCAUUUUUCCAUAAAGUGGUUCAAUCUGAAGACUUGAAAAUAGCCUCUGAAGUUCAGUCAAUUCAGUGUUCACCAGAAGAGUCCUUUCCACUUCGUUCUCGCUCUGAUUCACCACCAAAAAACAAAAGCAAGAAUUCAUUGUUGAUUGGUCUUUCAACUGGUCUAUUUGAUGCAAACAACCCAAAGAUGUUGAGGACAUGUUCACUUCCAGAUCUCUCAAAGCUGUUCAGAACACUGAUAGAUGUUCCCACUGUAGGAGACAUGCGACAAGACAAUCUUGAAAUAGAUGAAAUUGAAGAUGAACACAUUAAAGAAGAGCCUUCUGAUUCUGAAGACAUAGUGUUUGAAGAAACGGACACAGACUUACAAGAGCUUCAGGCCUCGAUGGAACAGUUACUUAGGGAACAGCCUGGUGAAGAGUACAGUGAGGAGGAAGAGUCGGUCUUAAAGACCAGUGAUGUAGAGCAGACCGCGAACGGGACAGACCUGGCAGACGAGGAUGACAAUCCCAGCAGUGAAAGUGCCCUGAAUGAAGAGUGGCACUCGGAUAACAGCGAUGGUGAGAUUACUAGUGAAUGUGAAUAUGAUAGUGUCUUUAAUCAUUUGGAGGAGCUGAGACUUCACCUGGAGCAGGAAAUAGGCUUUGAAAAGUUCUUUGAGGUUUAUGAGAAAGUAAAGGCUAUUCAUGAAGACGAAGAUGAAAACAUUGAAAUUUGUUCAACAAUAGUACAAAACCUUCUGGGAAAUGAACAUCAGCAUCUCUAUGCCAAGAUUCUUCAUUUAGUCAUGGCAGAUGGAGCCUAUCAGGAAGAUAAUGAUGAAUAAUGCUCUCUCAGAAAAUACUCCUUAAGCCUCACCUGUAUGAAAGCAUUCGAAUUCAACUUACCACAAUAACAAGCUUCACUGGGAAAUGUAGCAAUUAUUUAUAUCUAAGGUAUAUUCAGAUUUAACACAGGCAUGCUGUUUGCAUGAAAAAGAUGGAGAAACAUGCCUUUUUCAAUUAAGAAUGUAGUAUUUUAUGUUUUAUUUUGUUCAGUGAGCUCUAUAGUUACCUCCUAUAGAAUAUGCGCUUUGUUAAAUCAUCCAACCAAAGCUUAAGAAACGCUGACCCAGAAAUGGACUUAAUGAUUUUAAAGAAGAUUUAUCAUGCUGUAAGGUCAUCUUGACUUUCAGCAAAUGUCUUUAAGUUGAAAGAGUUGCCUGUGUCAUAAAAGACCUGCCUCAAUGAUUUUCAUUUAAGGAUUUAACCAUGACCUUUUUUCCGUCUAGUCCGUGUUUUCAUCCUGGCCAGCAAGUCUGCAUUAAAUAACCUUGUCAAGGGCUCUAUUUAAAUCUUUACAAUUUUGAGGAUGGAAUUUUAAGUCUUAAAAUUUAUACAGUCAGUCCUUUUUAAACCAGCGUAUCUCCUAAACUAGCUCAGUGCAAACAGGCUAUGGAAACAGCCUUAGAAAUCAUUGAAAGAUUUGUUUAUGAAAGAAUCAUAAAACUAUAUAUCCUGAUAUUUAAAAAGUUGGUAAAUUACUUCUCUUUCUCUUUAAGGACCAGAACCAGGAAUAUUAUAUCCAAAAAUUAGUCCUUUAAUUUUAACAUUGACCAAGCAUGUGGCAUAAAGUUGCCCCUUUGGUUUUUAACUUCAUUUCAUGCAUGUGCUUCAAGGACACUAUGAAGUUAAAAAGGAGAAAGAAAUCAUUUUUAUUUUGACAACGGUGACAGUUUUAGUAAGUAGUAUCCCAAAAGGGAGAAUGUUUGCCUCGUUUACGUAUGGUGAGAGGAGCUAGGUCGUGAAGAUGAUGGCCACGCAGCUUCCGUCGCAGUAGUCCAAGUAGUACGUGGUUUCAUUAGACACGUCUCAAGUCCAGAUGAUUUUAGUGAUGAGAGCUGAAUUUCUGAACCUCCAAGCACCAAGCAGCCAGGUUGGCACAAUCUCGAAUUUGAAAAAAUAAAAUCAUACCUUGCAGCAUUAUCAGUACUAUGUUGAAGUGGUUACAUAUAUUAUUUCUAACAACCAAAACUAAAUACUUGAUUUUUAUAUAUUUGUUUAUUUUAUGAUAUUACUAUUAAAAUUUUUAUUAUCUAUCUGAAGUAUAACUAUUGAUUGUCUUUUAUUUAUUGGCACUAUUCUCAGUAGAUGCUUGCCUCAGUGCUUUUACAGAGCUGGAAAUCUUUUUUUGCCUAUUCUGUAGUAUAUUGAUUAAGACCCUCUUUCUGUCCUCCUAAUACAAUGUUGUUCUAUAGCUGAUUAUUUUAGUGUUUUUUUCCUAAUGGAAAAAUAUUUGAAUUCUGCACUUUAGCUCUCUACAAUCCUGAAUGCUGGGAAUGAUCUUUUUUUAUGUUAAUUUAUAAAUUAAAAUGGAGUCCUAAUUUCCAUUUUAAAAAUUACAGCCAUUAGAAAAGCAGAUAAAGGUAUAACACAGUAGAAGAAUAUUUUAGCCGUAUUUCCAAAAAUGUCAUAUAUACUGUAAUAGGGAUGACAAAUAGGAUUUGUGCCAUUUCCAGUCAAUUUGUAGUGAGUGGUUCUGGAGUGUCGUUAUAGAAAAGUUGUCUAUGCCAGUGAGGGAAAGGGCUAUUAUCAUUCAACAAGGUCUGUUAUAAAUGUUGGAGAUGAAGUAUGGAAACAACUAUAGAGUCAUAGAAAGUUAGAGCUAGAAAGAGCUAUCGGAAUAAUGUAGUCUUAUCCCCCAUUUAACAGACAAGAACAGUGAGUUGUAACAUGAACUAAGUCACUUGUGUAAAGGGCCAGGGUUAGACCAGUUUCCAGGUAUUUAUACAGUGCUAUUAGUUACAUAUACUUUUUAGAAUUUUUCUCUUCUAGAGAGUGAAAGAGUAGAUUCAGCAGGAAAAAGUACAUUUUGCAUUCAUGCAUUAAGAAUUCUAGAGAGAUUUUUCUAUUUCUGGGACUAUUUUAAUUACCUGUUUUCUAUUUCUGGGACUAUUCUGCUUAACUCUAAUUAGUCUAAUUAGACUCCCAGUUGAAAAUAAUCUAAAAAUGCUGCAUAAAGUUAUUUUCCCCUCAUAAAUUAACACAUACUCUACCCUUUAUCACAUUGAUGAGGGAUCUUUCAAGACUGUGUGUUUUAUAUAUAUACUUAUAUAUACAUAAAUGUUAAAAACACUGAAGAGGUAAAAAGAUCAUUAACUACAAUGCCAAAACUGUGGAGAAGGCCUCAGCCUAGAGAGAUAAGUGGAAUAUUGAAGAGGAAGAAAGCCACUUUUGACCUGAGAGCAUUUCCAAUACCUCACAUUUGUGCUCAUAGGACAAAUGGAGUUAGAGUGCAGGCCAAGGGCCUAUUGAAGUUGAGGAAAACCUAUAUUAAGGUGAGAACUCAAAAGGUUACAUCCUCACAAUAAAGGAGAACCAGAACUAAAACUGAGCUCCAACUCAAACUGUUGAAAAGAAGGGUAAAACAAAUCCCUGAGAAGUUGUGGCCACAGACAAACCCUCAAGUGGUUUUGUACCUUGAGCACCCGUAACCGCCGUGGGCCAGGGAACUUUAGGACUGAACAUAAUUUGAGGUGAACUUCAACUGGUAGUGCUCCAUGAACUUAGCAGAAGCCAUGUCACUGCCUUGCUAAAGGAGGGCACAUUUAUUCUGUGUCUUGAAAAUCACCCAUACAUAAAUUUUCAAGAGAAAUGCUGGACAUGGAGUCAAAGAUAAAUAGUACACAAGAAAUCAAGACAAUAUGAUUAGAAGAUAGCAGUGACAGGACCCACACAGGCUUUAGAUACUGGAAUUCUCAGAGAGAGAAAACAAUUAUGUUUACUGUGUUAAAAAAUGAUCAGCAAACUUGGAAAUAUUUGUAGAGAGAAAAAAUCUGAAAAGUGAUAUGGUAGAUAUGAAGAAGAACCAGUAGCAUCCAUAUACAUGAAAAACACAAUAACUCAAUUUUUUAAACUCAGUGGACAUGCUUGGCAGCAAAUCGCAUGCAGUAAAAGAGAGAAUUAAAGAACUGAAGAAAUCGUCCAUAAUGUAGCACAGAGAGAGAAAUAGACGGGAAAUACUGAAGAGAAGGUAAGAGGCAUAGAAUCAGUUAGAAGGUCUAACGUGUGUUUCAUUGGAGUUCCAGAAGGAAAAGAAAGAAUGGGGUAAAGUCACUUGAGGGGAUAAAGGAUGAGAAUUUUUCAAAACUUUUAGAAAACACAAGAUUGAAGAAGCCUAAUGAACCUCAAGAAAAAUAAAAGAAAUGCACACCUACUUUCUUCAAAGUGUAACUGUGGGCAAUCAAAGACAAAAAAAAAAAAAUCUUAAAAGAGUCAAAGAUAAAAAGGCAUGUUAUCUUCAAAGGGGAUGUGAGAAGGACUAACAGCUGGCUUUUAGCAGUGGUAAUGGAAGCCAGAAGCCAUUGUAAUCAUAGCCUCAAUGGGCAGAAAGAAAAUAACUAUCAUCCCAGGGUUAUAUGCCUACCAAAAAUGUGUUUCAACUGUCCAAACUUACUGCACAGAAAUAGCACAAGGAGGUGAAAGCAGCUAGAAUUCACAGAGCAGAGUACCAGAAAGGAGAGAUCUGUACAAGACAGCUUCAGAGAUCUGUAGAUCUCUCGUGUCUUCUUCAGCCAAAUAAUGGGCAGUGCAUCAUGUGAGAAAACUACCCAAGCAUUGGGGAAAGAACAACUAGAAAAGAGCAGGUGCAAUAAUCCCUGAAUAUAGCACAUGGCCAGGAAUAGCUUGUAUUUUCACCAGCCUGAGUGGAAAGAUCUAGCAUCUAGGGCAUAGAGUACAUAAAGGCUUUGCCUAAGUAGUGGAGCCAAAUUAUCCGUAGAUAAAGGUUAUUGUGACCCUGCUUAACAAAGCUUAAAAACAAGCCUUGAAAGGAUCACUGUCUUUUCUAAGAACUUAACAAAGCUCAAAAAUACUUAAAGAAAUUCCCAAAAUGUCAGCACUCAACCAAGUAAAAUUCACAAUACCUGGCACCCAGUCAAAAAGACUAGGCAUUCAGAGAAGCAGGGAAAUGUGAUUUAUAUUUGACAGGAAAUCUAUUAACAAUGCAGAAAUUAUAGAAAUAAUGUAAUUAGUAGUCAAGGAUAUCAAAACAGCUAUUAUAAAUAUACUUCAUACAUUUAAAAAGGAAGAAGAAAGUGUGAGUAUGAAGAAGAGAAGAGGCAUGGCAGUUUUAUACACACACACGCAGACGUUGCUGUCCAAUCAAUCGUGACUUACGGCAACCCCUUGUGUGCAGAGUAGAACUGUUCCAUAGGGUUUUCAUGGCUGUGACUUUUCCAAAGCAAAUCACCAGGACUGUCUUCCAAGGCACCUCUGAAUGGGUUCAAACUGCCAAUCUUUCAGCUAGUAGUUGAGCACUUAACUGCUUGCACUACCCAGGGACUCCAGAUAGAUAGAGAUAAUAGAAAUUCUAAGGAUGAAAAACUACAUCUGUAACAGUGGAUUAGCUACACAGAAGAAAACAGUAGUGAAUGAGAGCCGGUUGACAUUUAUAAAACACCCCAGUGAAAACAACAGAAUACAUUGUUUUCAGGUGCACAAAUGCUUCAUUUACCAGGAUAGGCCAUAUUUUGAAUGAUAGGAAUAUAUCAAAUGUUAAAGGAUUCAAAUCAUAUGGAGUGUGUUUUCUGACCACAAUGGAGUUAAAUAAGAAAUCAAAAUUUUUUUAAAAAAGGAAUUCUAGACUAUCCACAAAUAUUUGGAAACUUCGACACAGAAUAACUUAUGGAUCAAAGAACAAAUCACAGCCAAAAUUAGAAAAUAUUUUGAACCGAAUGAAAAUGAAAACGAUAUAUCUACAUUGUGGGAUGUGGCUUAGAGCUUAGAAUGAAAUUUAUACCAUUAAAGUCCUAUAAAGGAAGCAAUCCAAUGAUUUAAACAUCUGCCUUACAAAUACCUGGAAAAAAGAUGAGGAAAUUAAGCCCAGAGUAAGAAAAGAGGAAAUGAUAAAAUAGGCACAGAUAUCAAUAAAACAGUAAAAAAAAAACCAAAAUCAAAACCUGUUUUUUUGAGAAGUUCAAGAAAACUCUGAAUUCCUUAGACUGAAAAAUAGGGAAGGCAUAAGUUAGAAAUAUCAUGAAUUAGGGCACAUUAGAUGAAUAAUAAGGAAUAUUAUGAGCAAAUAUGUCAAUAUAUUUGACAACUUAGGAAAAUUGGACAAAUUUCUUGUGAGACAAAAACUACCAAAGCUCACUCAAGAAGAAAGAAAAAUCUGAAUAGCUCUAUAUAUAGUCUAGAAAUUGAACUUAUAGUUAAAAACCAUUCAUAGACAAACUUUUGGGCCGAGAUGGCUUUAAUGAUGAAUUCUACCAAACAUUUCUGGGAGAAAUAAUAGCAAUUCUACACAGGCUGUUCCAAAAUAGACAGUGGAGGGGGCAUUUUCCAACUUAUUCUGUAAGUACAGUACUAUUGUUCCCCAAACCAAGAACAGGGUUUUAAGGAAAGUGAACUACAGACUCAUGUACCUUAUGAAUAUUAAUUAAAAAUUCUUAACAAAUUUUAGCCAUUCAAACCCAACAAUAUGAAAAAGGGUAACAUUAACAAAGUAGAGUAUAUGCCGUGAAUGCAAGAUUGUCUUAACAUUUGAAAAUUUAAUUCACCACAUUAAAACCUGAAACCUGUCAUCAUUGAAAUGAUUCUGCUUUAUAGCAACCUUAUAAGACAGGGCAGAACUGCCCCGUAGGGUUCCCAAGGUUUUAACUGUUACAGAAGCAGACUGCCACAUCUUUCUCCCACAGAGCAGCUGAUGAGUUUGAACUGCCGACUUUUCAGUUAACGGCCGAGUGCUUAAGCAUUGCGCUACCAAGGCUCCCU